GACUUCUAUUUUUGCCCGAUUUGUCGCCAAAGUGAUAUCAGAGGAAGAAAGCACGUGUUCAGCAAGAAACAUCAAGAUCGCCUCAUAUUUGUGUUAGAAAAAUUUGCAUUGAAGCCAACGUCUCUCCAUACAGAACUGAUGCCUUUGAGGUUGUGAUCAGGAAGGAGGGAGUUACACCCAAUACGCGCUAGCUUGGUGACCUGGGACCAUGGACAGUCUGGUGACGUUGGACAACCAGGUGACUGAGAGGAUCUUCGAGGAGACCCUAACCAAGGAGCAGCUCGAUGACAUGCUCAAGAAUCAAAUCAGACCAGCUCACUGGGAGGAUGGUAUUGCAUCCUACUUCAGGGUCCAGAAGAUCAUUGAUCUCCUGCAGGAGGUGGACAAACCCUUGGAUCCCAAUCUGGACCUUGCCAUCACCGUCUUGUCCGCUGGCAGAGCUAGGAUCCGCAACCAGUCUCACAAGGACUUCUGCCGCGACAUCAAAGCCAAGAUGGACGAUCUAGAGGGUCAGACCGAUGAUGAUCUUCAUCAACCUGUAGAAUGGCUAGCCCCUGGUUGCUUCCCGAUAGGACCAGAGUGUGAAUCCCUAGGAAUCUUGGGUGAUAUUCUCUUUGACAAGGAGAAGUUGUUCCCUAAGGCUAUUGAUCCUGACAGCAUUUCGAACAGAGUGAUGUUUGAACUCAGUGAAUAUGUGACCCGUACAAAAGAAACGUAUGAGACCCUGGCAGGGUGGAUCAAGAAAAUAAUGGGAUGGGGCGAUGAAUUUGACCUUACUUCAAAGAUGGUUGACAAUUGGUGCGCCACGUUGAUGAGAGAGACCAAGAAAAGGAAGAAGAGUAGCUUAACUUUGGCUCAGAAAUACCUCUUGCAAAAAUUCCAAUUUUCUGGGUUGGAGUUCCCUACAACGAGCCAUGGCAAAGAGGAUAUAACUAAGCCAUCCUUGGAGCAUCCACCAGAAGCAAGUGGCAUCGCUGUUGAAUUUUCUGAGGAUGAUGCAGAGAAUGACAAAGAAGAAGCCAUGGAUGUAUCCGGUUUCCUUCAAGAGGGCACAGAAGUGGAUAAACCACCAAGUGAAAAGAAAUUACCGGUCACAUCAUCUUCACCUGUUGAUGGAGAUGAAAAUGGGGAAAUUGAUGGCAACGAUGGUGGUGAUAUUCACAACAGAAGUGAUAAGGAAUUGAGCAGUGGUGAGGAAAAAGAAGCAGUUGAAGCGUCAACAUCACAGUCUUCAAGGAAGACAUCACCUAGAAGUGCAGCUAAAACUGCUCGGGCCAAAAUGAUUACACCUGAAUCAAAGACUCUAUCUAGAGGUGCAGCUAUAGCUGCUCGGGCCAAAAUGAUUACACCUGAAUCAAAGACUAUAUCUAGAGGCGCGGCUAUAGCUGCUCGGGCCAAAAUGAUUACACCUGAAUCAAAGAAUUUAUCUAGAGGUGCAGCAAUAGCUGCUCGGGCCAAAAUGAGUAAACCUGACCCAAAGACUUUAUCUAGAAGUGCAGCAUUAUCACCCUUGAGUAAGAAGGAAACUAGACAAUCUACAUCUUCUAAGAAUACAAAGAGAAGAGCCCCAGCAAAGAAAACCACAUCAAAAGUACAAAAGCCUGCCAGAAGUAGUGGUCGUAAAAGAAUACUAGAUUCAUCUGAUGACUCUAGUACUGGUGAAAAGCCUGCCAGAAGCAGUGGUCGUAAAAGAAUACUAGAGUCGUCUGAUGACUAUAGUUCUGGUGAUCAGGAUGAUGAUGAUGACGAUGAUGAGGAUGAAGAAGAGGAUGAGGAGGAGGAGGAUGAGGAGGAGGAGGAUGAUAACAGCAUCGAGGAAGGUGAAGUAAGGACAAUCAGACGCAAGUCUGGGAAUACCAGUAUUAUCAAGAGAGAUAUUGCUGAGGCUGCUAAACUUUUCACGUCCAUGAGCGGAGUUGUGAAUACUCUAAAGAAAGACAUGCGAAUCGCGAUGGACUACCUGGAAAGUCAGACUGCCAAGAUAUGCAAGAAUCUUCAAAAAGCCGAGAAAAAGCUGGACAAUGUCAUGAAAAUGGUGGAAUCGGACAAAGCACAACACGAUAGUGAAGAUGAGGUACAGGAGGAGAGUAGCGAGGAAGAAGAAGAAAGUGAUGAGGAAAAACCGGUGAGACGUACCAGGGGAUCACAGCAAACUAAGAAGAUAACUGUUCAAGUCAAACCAGGCGUAAAAGCCAAACUUAAGAGACCACUUGUCAACGUCAAACGGCUUUCCCCCAGAAAGGGCCAUUCUCACCCUACAGCCAGUGCACAGUCAACUAAAGUGACUCGAACGCCAAUAAAAGUUUCUCGGCAGAAGAUGGGUAGUAGAGCUUCAAGUUCAACAAAAUCCAUGGCCACCGAAGAAGAAAUCAACAAUUUUGACAAGGAAAAGCUCUUCUCUAGCAGAGUGUCUGUGUCUCUGGUUAAGAUUAGUAGUAAACAUCUAGUCAAGAAGACUUUAGAAGAGUAUGACCAUAGUUUUGAAGAUAGUGACGAAGAGUCGACAGGGUUAAGAACGACACGAAGGCACUGUACUUCGUUUGAGAAGUCAGGGAAAACAAGUGCAAGAAAAAGUCCAGCUAGGAGAGGUCCGGAACCAAAGAUAGACUCUGAUGAUGAAAAAGAGAGGAGCGAUGAGGAAGACCGAGAGAUGGAAGAAGACGACAAACUUUCAAAUAGAGCAAGAAGAAGAUCCGGCAAAUUUCAGUCAGAGCAGAAAACUGCAGAUGUGAGCUGUGUUAAGAAUAAGAAUUCAAGGAAGGUCACUUCCGAUUCAUCAAAGAAACAGGAUUCUGAUAAUUCUGAUGUUGACGAGAAGCCUACCUCUAAGAAUUUCACAAGGAUCAAUCCUAGGGAAAGCAGAAAUGGCAGAGUGAACCAUACAAAUACGGAAAUAGUCUCAAGCGAAGAAGAAGAGAAACAACCCUCUAGGUCAACAAGGUCUUCACGGUCUUCAAGGUCUAGAAAGACCAAAGAGGAUUCAGACAAGGGAGAGGGACCCUCACCUAGAUCUCGGAAGGGAAGGGACAAAUCCCAACUUGAUAAGGAGGAAACUCACAAAUCCUCUGAAAUUGAACCACCUUACAGCGGCAGUGAGGACGAGGGUGAGGUUCCCAAGAAACCGGAGCGAUCUGCUUUUGCCGCUCUGGCAGCGGGAAUGUCCUCUUUUGGGGAUUGGCGGGGAGCAUCCGCAAAGGAGAAGGUGAAGAAACGAUCUCUGAAUGAUUUUGUCAAACAGCUGAACAGUCCCAAGAGGAGAAAGACAGAUUCUGGAAAGAAAUCCUCUCCAGGAAAAACAAAUGCUAGACAUCAGCCCAAUGACAAAAGCAGUGAGGAAGAUGACAUUGUAUUGAAUGAGGAGGAGAAUGAUGAUGAUGAUGACUUUCUCGAAAAGCAGACUGAAAUGGAACUUAAAAAACAAAAGUCAAAUGGAUCUACCACUCAGGAGGAAAGUACUAAACCACAAAAUGAUGAUAAAAUGGAUGAAACCAAUGAUGACAAGCAAGAACAUGAGAGUCCAAAUGAAUUUGAAACAGAGAGUCAAGUUGAAGGAGACAAAGAACAAAAUAAGUCUGAAAAAUGUGGCAGUGAGGACAUUCCAGCAAUUGAAAAGACUCGGUCCAAUCAGAAUGCUGAUGAUGAGGCAAAGGGUAAUUCCGAACCAGCGGGGAUCGAAGAGAAGGAAUUCGUAAAAGAUGAUGAAUUUCCUGGAGAUGGUAUUGUUGGAAAGCGCAUCCGGCAUCGCUGCAGCUUGGGCAAACAUGGACUGUACAAGUGGUACGAAGGGAAGGUGGUCCACAAGACUUCUCCUAGUGAAUUGCUCAAGCUGGACGAGGAACAAAUUGGUCAUCUGAACAAUCUCUACACCUUUUAUACGGUGAAGUAUGAUGAUAUCGACGAGCUUCAUGCCAAAGCAUUAGCGUAUGACUGGGACAGAGAAAAUUUGGUGCUCUGCUCAUGAGAAUGGAGCCAAAAUCGUUGCUCAUGCUGUAUCCAUAGAUGCCAGUCUUUAGGCUUUUGCCUGAUUUCAGGCCCUGUCAACUUCCCAUUUUAGGCUUUUUCAGGCUUUAUCUUGUACAGCACAUAUGGGGCUUUGACUUGUUCUGGCUUCUUUUCAGGCCCAGUGAGUAAAACUGACUGGCAUCCUUGUGUAUCAAGUGUUUUGGCUUUCAUUUAUCUGUACCGGUUAUUGAAAGGUGCUAGCAUCUGGGCAUACCCAGGGAAGAGAGGGUUGGUGUAAAAGGACUGAAGCUUUUUCAUAGUUUGGAAUUCAUUGACAUAUUCGUUUCCCAUGUCAGGGCUCCGUAUCAAUUUUUGUUUAAACUGGGUCUCGAUCCUGAGGCUCCUGACUGAAUUUUAAAGUCCCUCUGCACAGGGCCCAUGUUUCAAUUAAAGACACUCAGUAGUUAGCUGUCAUGGGGAAUUCAACACCGUUCGGGUGUUCACCCAAGUUUUAUGACCAUUCAACCUUAUUUAAUGCUUUGCUUUUCCCUCACCCGAUCUGAAUCAGGAUCCGAAGCUAGACUCUCCAAGAAAUAAAGGGGUAAUUCUUGACUGGCCAACGGGUUUGCUGUGUGCAGAUUUGUACUCCCACUAAUGGUUUUCCCACCAAGUCUGGUGUCAGCGAAUUAUGGCCUUCUGCACAUGGAACUGACUCAUGACUCCCUUCCAACAAAUCUUAGGAUCUGGAGAUUAUAUUUGGGGCCCGUGUCUAGCGGGUGCCCGUAGUGGGUGCCUGUUGGCAUCGAGCGCCAGCAAAUGUAGAGGAGAAUGUACAUGGAUUAUUUCCCUAUAUAAAUAUCCCAUUUGUUCUAUGACUAUUGAAUGUGUUUUGAGCUUGAAAGCAGUAUGACGAUAUUAAAGAUAAACUUGAGUUCUGGUAAAAAAAAGAAAAUGAAUUCUCACAGAAUCUCAUGAAACUUACACUGAAUGUUCAAGAUUACAAAUAAAUGUCAUGUGCCAAACAAUUUUGGAAGAAAAUGUAUACUGGCUGAGUAAUGAGCAUAGAAAGAUAAGGACAUCAAGGUACACUGUAGUACUAGCCCUGACACUAUUUGUGUUGUCCAAUAUACAUCUUUCUGUGUACAGUGAUUGUUACUUUACCAAGACUGGGCCCAAUUGAUUUUGAUGACUCCAGAACCCUGCAAAUACACACCAAUACUUACAUGCUAUAUGAUCAACUUUUCUGAUCCAUUCCACACCUUUUCUUUCACAAUGCAAUCGCAUUACCAGAACUCACCUUUAUGUUUAAACACACGUCUCACCUUGCUCUUAGGGUAUAGUAGGUGGAUAGACCAUUUCUCAAUGACCCUACAUCUCUUGACAUGUUACACCCUGGUCUCCCCCCGCUCUAGAUUGGGGGAUACCGGUAGAUAAUUCCUAUUUGACCAUUUUGGGGAACCCCUUUGUGAUGACUCUCGUAUAUCAGGUCCCGGGUUCAAUCCUUGCUUGUUUUGCAUAGCCUUGGAUGAGGAAUUUUGCCUACAUUGGUCCCUCCUAUCCCAGGGGGUGUUUCACAAAGAUCCUAAGUUGAUCUUAUCUCUAAGUUGGACUUAACAAUUAUGGAAAGCCA